UUACUUUCGGUUUCUGUCUUUAGAGAAACAGAUUAAAGGGAGGGGGACAUCAUCACUGGAGCAUAUAAAAGGAAUUUAAAAGGAUACAGUUUAGUCUAUGUAAACAGACAGACCUUGUCAACAAAGUAUCACUGGAAGAGAACAGAAUGGCAGGAGGACAAUACAGCAGCUGGGCAGAUGUUUUUCAAAGCAUUCAAGAGACAGAGCUAGUGCAGCGUCAUGGCCAUAACUGGGCUCUACAAAUUAAAUAUGACCUAACAGAUGACUUAACAUCAGAUCAGAGGCAAAACGGCUGGAAAAUCUACCAGUCGUCUUCCUUUGGCAGGUUCACUUGUUCUAACUGCCACCAUGUUUGGAACUCAGCUCGUGUCUCUCUUACAUUUCAUUACUGCCUUAUAAACUCAGAAGGUGGAGAAGUCUACUUGAGAACCUACAGACAGAAAUGCAGAAGCUGCAGCAGUGACACAUUGCUCACAGCAGAGUUUGAACAAGACAAAAUGGAUGACGUUCUGAUGAGACUGGCUAACAAGAUCAGGAAGAAUUGUUACAAUGAGGUGAUAAGUACAAAUGCAAAUAUAAAUCUUUUCCUCUCAAAGAAGACAAAACCCCAUGAGGCCUCUUUGUGUGAAGCUUGCAUGUUAGGCAAAUGUAACAGGGAUGCAGAUAUCUAUUAGUAAAUACUUGUGUGUCUAAAUAAGUUGCCAGAAGUGCCAGCCCCAUGCCCCCUUCACAUUAGUGCUUUGUAUAUGAUCCAGAUAUGGUUUGUGCAUUGUUAUAGAGAAUCAUUUGUACAAGCACUAGGUGCAAGUGUGUGAUCCAACCACCAAUCUGUGUGGAGUUAUAUGUAAAACUGCAAAUUCAUACAAUGCUGGUGGAGAGCUGGUGGAGCUGACAGGAAUUGCAGUUUGCAACAUCAAGAGGACUGAAUGCUGAUAAACAUCUGCAAGCAAACUGUUUAGUUAAAAACCCGCAAUUUAGACCAUUCCAGUUUCUAUUUUCUUUGAACAGGAACAUAUGGAGCAACUGCACACCCAUAACUUACCCAGCAAGAUAAGCUUGGUGCACGGUGAUGGAGGUUUUGGCACUCUCCCAAGUAUCCAAGGAGAAAAUUCACUAGCACACAAGUCUGCUUUGUGCACUUCCGCACUAAUAAACGGCAAGCACAAAGCAGUCUUGUGUGCCGGUGAAUUUUUUCUUUUCUUUGACACACUCACCAAUCCAGAUAGCACAUAUUAAAUUUAAGAGUAUUUCCAUAUCUGCUAAAAAGGAAUGAUGGUCAAGCUGCUCAAUGCCCCUUAAUGUAAUCACUUUACAGCCAUUGGUUGAAAUGAAUGGAAUGAUGUGCUGAGUUUGCUAUUGGUAUCUGAAAUGGUAUAGUUAAAGUAAAUGAUUCUUGUUGCGUCUGGUCAUGAUUGGCGACUGAUGUAAAUGUUCAAACAAUUCAGAAAGAGCUAUAUAAGGAGGGAAAUUUGCAAUGCAGUGGAAUUGGAGCUAAUCUGACUGCAGGGGUCAGUGGAGCAUCAGAGAAAGCCCAUUUCCAGAGGAUAAACAUUUUUUUUGUUAAAUGCUAGGGCAUGUGUACCAGUGUUCAAGGUCUUGGUGCACAGAGACAGAAAUAAGUGGGUAAUGUAGAAUGUAAUAAAAGUAUAAGAAAGAAUGAUUUAAUUAAAAUAAUUGUACGACUCCCCCCUCAAGGCUUUUUGGAAUGAUUAACAGAUGUAACACAUAUGAUAGAGAAAAA